AUGGUCCGCGUCCGCGGGUGGCACUUUGGCGGCGCACGGCGCAUGGGCUACCGAAAGCUUCGGGGACGCAUUCAUCAGUUUCGUUGCGUCACUCUCCUCGCCUCCUGGUACAAGCUCAAGGCAGCCGCCGAGACGGGGCGCCAGAUCGUAUUUGCGGCUGAGGAAGACCACUUCCGAAUGCUUCAAAAGCUUGCGAAGAAAUUCAAGGCGCGCAACGAGGAGAAGGCCCGAGAGGAGGCCAAGGCAGAAGCGGAGGCCAAGGCGGGAUGGGAGGACGAGAGAGAAUCGGGGGACGAGACAGACGCGGAGAACCAGGCCCAGGCGGAUAACAAAACAGAACCAAACAACGAGGCUGGAUCGGAGGCCAACACAAAACCGAAGACAGCGGUGGGACCAGAGACCGAAACAAGACAAGAACCCAGGGCGGGAGCGCAGGCCGGGGUGGGAUUGGAGGAGAGACUAUCGAACAAGUCAGAAGCGGAGGACGAGACAGAAUCUGAGGCUAAAACAGAAUCAGACACCGAGGCAGGACCGGAGAGCAAAAGGAAAUUCAGAGUUGACGAAGCUAUCGAGAAGGACUGGCUGACGACGGUGGAGAACUCCAUGGUUAUGGAAAGUCUAAUGACGGUCACCUCCCAGUGGGAGCCGCGGGACAAGCGGGUCCUGGAGGUGCGACAAGGCAAAUGGGAUCCGGAUUCCAAGGACCCGCGGGUGAGACGGCUUGCCGAGCUGAGAAAGAAGAUACUACUUGCUGAGAAGGGCUGGUGGGAGCUAAGGGGCUAUGAUCCGCUCAAAUGUCGCAUGGAAGAGCUCGCCCUCAUCGCGCCUUGGGCGUUCGAGCCAGGCGGCGUGGGCGAAAGUCUCCAAGGAAUAUCUCGCUCGACAUAG